GCGAUUACGUCAUUCUGGCUAACUCGCAUUGCCGUCGAAUUAUUGUCCCACAAACCUCCGCCCCUACAGUCAUGCUUCAGACAUCGAUGGACUAUUUUGCGUGCAGUCAGAGGAAAACCUAAUCUAAAAGUAUAUUUCAUUCACUAUUCUAUUAGAAAAGUGUCGUUUUAUAUAGACGCAGAGUAAGUGACUAUACUUCCGCAAUUUGGUGUGUCUAGCUGGUGUCUGCAUGGGAGAAAACCGGGGAGAGUGAGGAGAGAAGGUCUGACCCAUUUAGUGAGGCCCUUGCACAGGUGCAGCCAUGACUGAGGGGGAGGGGCACUUCUACAGCAUCCAGGUGGGCGACUCCACCUUCACCGUGCUGAGGAGGUACCAGCAGCUGCGGGCCAUCGGCUCCGGGGCACAGGGCAUCGUCUGCUCGGCUCUGGACACUGUCCUUGGGAUCCCUGUUGCGGUGAAGAAGCUCAGCCGCCCUUUCCAAAACCAGACUCACGCCAAGCGCGCCUACAGGGAACUGGUGCUCCUCAAGUGUGUCAACCACAAAAAUAUCAUACGUUUGCUGAAUGUCUUCACGCCGCAAAAAUCCCUGGAGGAGUUUCAAGACUUGUACCUUGUGAUGGAGCUGAUGGAUGCGAGCCUGUGUCAGGUGAUCCACAUGGACCUGGACCACGAGAGGAUGUCCUACCUGCUCUACCAGAUCCUCUGUGGCAUUCGACAUCUACACUCUGCGGGCAUCAUCCACAGGGACCUGAAGCCCAGCAACAUCGUGGUGAAGUCUGACUGCACAUUAAAGAUUUUAGACUUCGGGCUUGCCAGGACCGCCUGCACCAACUUCAUGAUGACCCCUUAUGUGGUGACCAGAUACUACCGAGCCCCAGAGGUCAUCCUGGGCAUGAAGUACAAAGAGAAUGUGGAUAUCUGGUCAGUAGGAUGCAUCAUGGGGGAGAUGGUGAAAGGCAGUGUCAUCUUCCAGGGCACAGACCAUAUCGACCAGUGGAACAAAGUCAUAGAGAUUUUAGGCACCCCCUCCCUGGAGUUCAUGAACCGGCUGAUGGAGACCGUGAGGAACUACGUCAUGAACAAGCCUCAGUAUCCCGGCCUCAGCUUCAGCGAGCUCUUCCCUGACUGGGCCUUCCCCUCUGAAACGGAGCACGACAAACUCAAAACCAGCCAAGCCCGGGACCUGCUGUCCAAGAUGCUGGUGAUCGACCCAGAGUGCCGCAUCUCGGUGCAGGAGGCCCUGAACCACCCCUACAUCCAUGUGUGGUACGACCCAGCUGAGGCUGAUGCGCCGCCCCCUCAGAUUUCCGACAAGCAGCUGGAGGAGAGGGAGCACACCAUUGAACAAUGGAAAGAGUUGAUCUACAAAGAAGUCAUGGACUGGGAAGAGAGGAACAAGAAUGGCGUGCUGAAGGAGGAAGGCUCUGAUGGCAUGGUGAACAGCAGCGCCACGGCGUCCCAGUCGUCCUCCAUCAAUGACAUCUCGUCCAUGUCCACGGAGCAGACGCUCGCCUCAGACACGGACAGCAGCUGCGCAGACACCCUCACGGGGGCGCUAGAGGAGUAACCCUCAGCAACCUUUCUUCUCUCUCUCUCUUCUCUCUUCUUUCUCUCUCUCUCUCCCUCUCUCUCUUCUCUCUUCUUUCUCUCUCUCUCCCUCCCGUUCUCUCUUCUCUCUUCUCUCUCUCUCCCUCUCCCCUUCUCUCUCCCUGGCUCCUUCUCUGUGUGCCAUGUUAUGGUUUGGACUGAAAAGAUUGAGAGGAGUUGUUUCAAGAGAUGUUUCUUCUAGUUUACUUUUUUCUUUUCUUUUUUGUCUUCCGGUGGAAGGGCUGAGCUGCUGGUUGCUUCUUGUCUUUAUUCAUUUUAGUGUGUUUUUAUUGAUUUGUUUACUCUCAGCACCGUAGCUCUCCAUGAUUAGAAAUGGCAAAAGUUCUAAGGUUGCGUUGCCUUAGAAAUGACAACAACCAGCCUUUUAAAAAAGAAAAGUAUCUUCGGAAUCGUUGUUGGAUUCUUUUCCAUUGUGCAAUUAUGUUCAAAUCAAACACCAAUGCCUUUUUUUCUUCGUAUCUCUUCCCAUGAUGAGUCAGACCUAGGUUUUUAAAGUGUUUUUUUUUACAUUGACAUACACCUGAACAAAUUUCUUGGACGUUAGCUCCAUUGAAGUAACAAUUGUGUAAUCUUCAACUGAUCAAUAUGGUUGUAAUAUUUUAGUUCAUCUUGACGCAGUUACAGUCACUGUACAGUUGAUGGCCACCAAAACGAAGCACAGAAGCAGAUAGGCUACUUAAUAGUAUAUGCAAUAUGGACAGAAUCCUCUGAGUUUGGGACAUCAGGAUAAUCUGUGGUGUUCAACAUUUCCAGCUGCAUGUUAACUUCAAAAUGACUUAACACUCUAAAUGCAACAUACUAAGUAUGCCUGUACACAUGUAGAAAAAAAGUAGUGCCUGCCUUGUAUAUAGAAAAAGUGCUCGUACACGUUUUAUGGUCUGCAUUGUCAAGGGCUUGAGAAUAAUGAAUCUCAUGCGUAUAGCCUUUAGUUGUGUUGAUGUAUAUAGGUAUAUAAAUGUAAAAAAAAAAAAAUGUUUUUUUUUUUUCCUCUCGUGCUGUGGAAACAUGGUUCUACAGCUUCUCCGAGCGUGCAAAAGCAUAAGUACUGUACAAAAGACAUUUCCAUUUAUUUUGAAGCAAAAUAUAGAUUCGGAAAUGAUAGCGGAUGAAUUGGGAUGUGAACGUUAGAUUCACAGCGAAGUGUUUUAAAGUGAGCUUGCACACUGUUCGAGUAUGUUCAAACAAACAGACCCGCCUAAGGGACACACAAGCAAAAGUGACACUGUACAUUUUCAGCACUUUCUUAAUGAACCCUGCUACCCGCUGUUGCGGCAGUGGUUCGCCAGUUAAUGGAGAGAGCGGUCAGUUGUCAUUUCUCUUCAUUCUCUUUGAAUACUACAUGUCCUCAGAGUUCUCCUGAAAAACGUUGCUGUUUGCCCAUCUUUUUUUCUUUUUUUUUGCCUUAUUCCCCCACAAAGUUCACCUGGUCUAUCCACCCCCAGCCACCCCACUCAAAGUGAAACUGUACUCCUACAGUGUUUUCAUGCUUUUUUUAUUACCCGUCAUCCUGUUUGUAAAUAUAAACAUAAGUCACAGAUCCGUAGCCUGUUUUUAAAAAGAGAGGCCUGUAGUAUUUCAGGAAUGCCAGUCAGAUUGAGAGGGUUGUUGCAUCAUGUAGAGGUUAAGUACCAUGUCUGAGUCCCUCAUUCUGUCUCUCUCGGUCUCUCUCUCUCUCUCUCUCUCUUUCCCUCUCUCCCUCCCUCUCUCUCUGGCCACUGUUCACCCAUACGCUGCUGAUGGUCACCUUGUCUCUGAUCAUUGCUACAUAUCGUACAUUUAGUCCAGGCCACCGCUGGACCUCUAAACUUGAACAUGAUUUGAAGGUUAGGAACCAAAGUGUUCAUCUGAACUAGUCGUGAGCGCACUUGAGCGUCCGCCAGAGAGCGACAGGCUUGAGAUGGCCACUGUGUUUGUGUCGGCCAUCCUUCAGGGUAUUGGAGUUGAGGUGUUCAGGAGAGAACUCACGUUUUGAUGAGCUGUACAUUAUUGCAUUUGCCUUAAACAACACCCGAGUAUCACAGCUUAUCCACAUCAAGGUCUAUGUGAUGGAUAUGUGUUUCACUAAGAGGACAAAAACUGUUUUGUUUUAUUUUAUUGGUAUUAUUUUGUCGGACAAGUUUGAUUGUUUACCUUUUUCCAAUAGAAUUUCUGUGUCAAAUUUAAAACCCUGCUUCCCAGUCAUUCACAUCGGGCCAUGGAUCUCCUGUGGAUGUGUCUGUGUAUGAUUUUUUUUUUAAAUUGAUUUUUGUUUUUGCUUCCUUUUCGAAUGUCUGCAUGAAAAUACAUUUCAACGCAAUAGUGCAUCAGCAUCUAUUGUUUACCAAGUCUGUUUAGUGUCUUUUUGUGUUGUGUCUUUGACUAUUUGUUGUCACAACCGCACACUUGCCACAUCCCACUCAAGAACACUGAUGUCAAAUGUCUGUUUCGUGUCAAAGUGUAAGCUGAUCUGAGCACGGGCCUCAGCUUUUGAAAGGGCUUUUCAUAGUGUGUUCAUUUUCACACGUAGAGGUGGGCGAGCAGGAAGUGUGUCUCUGAGUGCAGCAAUGUUUGGCUGUCUGUCUGACAAUCCAGACCCACAUCAACGAGUUGGGGCUUUGACGUUUCAGAAGAAAAGUGUCAUUUUCACUGAUUCCUGUACAUGUAGUCGAAACAUGUAGACUAGUGUUGCAUUAAAAACUGUUGUUGUG